GUUGCAUCUUUCAACUUUCUCUGUUCCACCUCCAUGUGACCUAUCAGUUUCAGGAUGGUUUCCUUGUCGAAUCUUUCAACUUUUCUUUGUUCCACCUCCAUAUGACCUUUCAAACAAUUUCACCUAAACGCAUCUGAUUCUACCCCAAUUACGUAAUUCUUAUCUCUUUUUAGCCUUUGUUUUCAUCGCUACUAUCCGACCAAUUUACGUAGUUCUUUCUGUGCGUGUAUCACCCCCAACGUACCCAUGGCCGAUUCGGCUGCGGGGUACCCGGCGAACGCUCAGAUCCCAGUCGAUCUCUUCGUGUCCAAGAAACAUCCCGGCCUUACACGUGGCGAUCUCGGGUUCGCGGACGCCUCCGGUAACAUCGUUUUCAAGGUUGACCGUAAGUCUUCCAAAUCCUCCGCCGAUAAGCGAGUUCUCCUCCUCGAUUCCGAAGGAAAUCCUCUGAUUUCCAUGCAUCGUCACCAUGAUGGGUCGUGGGAAGGGUUCAAGGGGGACAAAGACGAGAAGGACUUGAUAUUCAGGGUGCGGAGGAAGGGUAAGACCGAGUUUGAGGUGUUCCUUGAUGACUCGGCCUCUGAGUUGAAGUUGAAAGGUUCCGCCUUCCAGAAAUCCUGCACCAUCUAUAAAGGCAAUGCGAUAAUAGCUCAGACUAGUCUGAUGUACAAGCUGCGGCAGCUUUUUGUAAGGAGGGAUAAAUUUCGACUAACUAUAUUUCCCGGAUUUGUUGAUCAUGCUUUAGUUGCAGCGUUGAUUGUAAUAUUUCAUGGCGGUUGAACAUGGUAGAUUAAAGAAAAUUUUUCACAUGUACAUUUACAUUUUUCCACGCAUGCAAAUACGUUUGUUUGAUUCUUUUACAGAGAGCGAUAAGAAAGGUUCAUACAUAUAUGCCUUUGGGCUGUGUACUUGUGUAUUGGCCUUGGGUAGUAUGAAUUUAGUUCUAUAUCGCUCCUAUGUUACUUGUAUUCGUAGGAGAGACUCAUUGUUAAUUUGUUAUAUGAAAAAUGUAACUCUUUGCUAGGUAGAGAUGCUAUUUUUAGAAGCCCAUUUACAAGAACUGUUGGGUAAUGCUUAUGAUGAUGUAAGAUUACGGUCUGUAAAAUUAGUUUCUUCUAGACAUUUUCCACAUUUGGCUUCUUCAGACAA